AUUGUUAUUGUUUUGGGCAUUUCCAUUCACCACAUUUUACCGGCUUUGCUUGUCCGCAAGUGCUCCUGCUCAACCAUGUCCGAUUCGGAUAGUAGCGACGAUGAAACAAAUGCCCAAUUAUUGUCGGCGGUAGAUACCUCAUUUCUGAACGACAAUCUAUACAAUCCAACAGCCAAGAAUGAAGAGGAUAAUAAACCGAAUAAAGAGGUUAAAUCUUCGCCUGUCCCGGCUGAAUCUGUGCCCAAGUCAAACCGGUUUCUGCCCGAGGAGGAAUCCAUCUUCCACAGCGAGCUAAACGUACCGGCCGCCGUGCAGAAAUUUACGGCUGAAAAGUUGUCCAGAUUUAUUAGCACCGUCAUAGAGUUUGAUGAAACCGAACGCACUCCGCAGUCAUUAGUGGCUAACGGAACAACCGACGAGGUCGGAGUACGUCUUUUACCAGGGUGUGAUGAAAUUAUUGACAUCAAUUUGGAUCCCACUUGCCCGGCUGAGGUGAAGCUGAAAAAAGUGCCAAUAGUACGUAGAGCGGUCGAGAAGGAAGCGAAACUUCCCUUGGCCGAUAAAAUCGCUGCCUCUGUUUGCGAUCCGGGCACAUUUCCGAGCGAAGUGCAGCAGUGGAAGGGUCCACGGAAGCGAUCGAUCGAGUUUAAGUACAAGCAGAAGCAGAAUGGCACCAUCGUGGAGAAGUCGGACCCGUUUGCGAAUGAGUUUACUAAAGCCCGCAAUGCCAACAUGUGGCACGAAAGUAAAAUUAAAAAGUUUAAAAAGCGUGCUUAACACGAAACCAUUAAAUCGUGAUAAAAAUCAA